GUAAUCAGCCACUCAGACUCGCGGAGCAGCGGGUAGAGGCGGACACGCGGCGGAGCGGAGACAGAGCAGAGACAGAGGAGGGAGCCGCUCUGGGAACAUCUGGAGGAGAACCGCCGACUGGAGGACGGAUCCGCACCAGAAGAAACACGGAACUAGAUCUCUUCACAUCGAGACGGAGCUCAUUCCCCGCCGAGACCGGACGCAUAGGGCUUGCGCGUGUGUGGGUGUGUUAGUGUGUGUGCGUGUUUGUGUGUGUGUUGGGGGUCUCCGAGAAGCCGCUCGUUGGAUGAGGGAACUGUGGACGUAGCGUCUCUUCUACCUUCUACUCCUGCAUCGGCUCUCAGAGGACGCGGCGAUGGGCUGCACGCUGAGCACCGAGGACAAGGCGGCCGUGGAGCGGAGCAAGAUGAUCGACAGGAACCUUCGGGACGACGGAGAGAAGGCGGCGCGGGAGGUCAAGCUGCUUCUGCUCGGGGCCGGCGAAUCAGGAAAGAGUACCAUCGUGAAGCAGAUGAAGAUCAUCCACGAGGCGGGCUACUCAGAAGAGGAGUGUAAGCAGUACAAGGCGGUGGUCUACAGCAACACCAUCCAGUCCAUCAUCGCCAUCAUCAGAGCCAUGGGCCGCCUGAAGAUCGACUUCGGAGACUCCAUCAGAGCUGACGAUGCGCGGCAGCUCUUCGUCCUGGCCGGCUCGGCGGAGGAGGGCUUCAUGACGCCCGAGCUGGCCGGCGUGAUGAAGAGGCUCUGGAAGGACGGCGGCGUCACAGCCUGCUUCGGCCGCUCCCGGGAGUACCAGCUCAACGACUCCGCCGCCUACUAUCUGAACGAUCUGGACAGGAUAUCUCAGGCCACCUACAUCCCUACCCAGCAGGACGUACUGAGGACCCGAGUGAAGACCACGGGCAUCGUAGAGACCCACUUCACCUUCAAGGACCUGCACUUCAAGAUGUUUGACGUGGGCGGGCAACGGUCGGAGCGGAAGAAGUGGAUCCACUGCUUCGAGGGCGUGACCGCCAUCAUCUUCUGCGUGGCGCUCAGCGACUACACCUGGUGCUUGGCGGAGGACGAGGAGAUGAACCGGAUGCACGAGAGCAUGAAGCUGUUUGACUCCAUCUGCAACAACAAGUGGUUCACGGACACAUCCAUCAUCCUGUUCCUCAACAAGAAGGACCUGUUUGAGGAGAAGAUCAGGAGGAGCCCCCUCACAAUCUGCUACCCAGAAUACGCCGGCUCCAACACGUACGAGGAGGCGGCGGCCUACAUCCAGUGUCAGUUUGAGGACCUGAACAAGAGGAAGGACACAAAGGAGAUCUACACCCACUUCACCUGCGCCACCGACACCAAGAACGUCCAGUUUGUGUUUGACGCUGUCACCGACGUCAUCAUCAAGAACAACCUCAAGGACUGUGGCCUCUUCUGA